AUGUACAAUCUCUCCAAUGCAUCGGUCAGCACGGUUGUUCCUGCGGAUCGCCCACCCGCCCCGCCAGAGAAGGAUAAGGAUAAGGAAAAGGACAAGGACAAGCAUAAGCACCAUUUCUUGUCGCGGCAGAAGCUCAAAUUGAAGGACCGUGGUGACGAUCACUUUAACCUGCCUCUUUCUUCUGCCUCGAGUAAUUCUCGACCGACCGACCCCAAUGCUCCACAAUCGCUUUACUCGUUUACCAACCCGGCCUCGCCAGCGCCUGGGGCUACCUUUGGCAAGUCAGUCAGCGGCUUAGACCUGUUGCACGGUGGCCGAGCAAAAAAGAAGGAGAAAGAGGCGAUACUCGAAAGCGAACAAUUGGAAUGGCUGGCCAGUUCCAAUAGUGCCACAGGUCCCGCCGCGGGUCCUUCUUCCCUUAACAGCACCACCGGACCUCUCGGGGAAGCCAUGCUGCGCGAGACACUGCAAGGCUUUGGCCUGAACAAUAUGUCCCCCGAAGACGCAUGGGAGUUCCUCAAAGCAAAACUCAUGGUCAUAUUUGACGGCGAGGAUGUCCGCAUCGCCAUUGAAGACCUCAACAAGCUGGUCAUCGUGCAUCUCCAGCGCUGCGUGCACAAACGCACACCCACAACCAUCAUCGCCGACCUCCAAGACCUUCUCGAAACCGGCUUUGCCAAUCUCAAUGCUAGCUCCCUCAUCGGCAUCCCCGAUGAAAAGGUCGUCCCGCACCUCGUACAAAUCUGGCUCCUAUUCUUCGGCACCAUCCUCCCAUUCAUUCAAGCUGCUUUCCUCCCCUUGGACCAUGAAUUCAAGGGCGUUGGCUCAAUAAUGACCGGUCGCGAGGCGCGCGAAUUCUGGGGCGACAUGCCCGCAGGCGGGAGUCUUGAUGUUCGCAAUCUCGUCCUCAUCGCGUUCCGCGAUCGCAUCAUUCUGAACCGCUACGAUGCUCUCAAGGCUACAUUCUCCCGCCUCAGUCUCGACAGCAUCAAUGCGGGAUUCCCAACGCUCAGCGUAACGGCCAAGACAACUGGUACAGGACACGGCGGCCGGCCUGGGACAGCGGCUUCACUGGACGCAGGAUUCGGAAGCUUCAAUUCCCAAUCUUCGACUCUGCUCAGCACUGUCGCGGAUAGUUACUCUUCCGACUCGGUGAGUGCGUUGGCCGCGGCGAAUUUGCCCCGUCCGUCGAGUAGUGAUUCUCGCAGUCGCGCUGCGUCGAAUACGUCUUCGAACCCGGACGCGGCUGCUUUUUCGGCUAUUUCCCCGCCUUCGACGAGGCCUCCGGUUAUGCAUCGCGCUAACUCGGCUGAUUCUUCCCAUGUCAUUACGGAGACUGUUGGUCGGAUGCUUCAGUGCGUGAGUGUGUUGGCCAGCGUCCAGACUGACGACGCGGCGCAGGAGAAGAUUGAAAUCCUCGGGAAAACUCUCAAGCAUAACUGGCUUGGUCGAGGACGGACGGGUCGAGAUCGGAGGGGUUUUGUCGGGGCGAAGAUUCGCCCUGUUAUGGUUGGGGUUGGUGCUGGGACGCCGAUGCUAGAUGAUAAUGAGUCUCUUACGACGGCGGGGAUUAGUAUUGGUGCUAGUACUAGUACCACGAGUAUGAGUGGUUCCAGAGCGAGGGGAGAUUCGUCUUCUUCGGAUUGGAGUCAGGGGCUUGGGGGGGAGUAUGAGGAGUGCUGGGAGGAGGGAGUUGAGUGUUCUUUAGGGGCUAUGAUAUGA